CAGACCCAGUUGGGGGUUGAAGGAUUGGAUUUGCACAAAACUUAACUCGCGAGGAUAGAGAUCCCAGAACAUCUGAUAUGUUUCUUAGGGCCUAGAAACUACGAUUGAUGUUCACACAUGUAUUACAAAGUUUGAUAUGUCAAGAACAGUGACAGAUGCAGUGCGUGGGGGUGUUGGUCACACAACCUUUGGGGUGGAGGUUGAAGGGAGCAUCAAUGCCAUCAGUGCCCGCCGGGACUCGUCACAAGUUGUAGUGGCUGGCAGAUCAGUUUUUAAGAUCUUCCAUGUGGAGGAGUGCAGCUUCAGGGAGACACUGAAUCUGCGCGUCGGUCGGAUCACGCUCAGGUACAGCUGCAGCGACGUCGUCUGGCAUCCGUUAAAAGAUGAACUCCUGGCGACGGGUGCGACCAACGGCCACGUGUGCACCUGGAACUUGCUGAAGCACCAGGGAAACAAGCUGGAGCACGAGUUCACCAACCACAGCCGGGGGGUCAACCGGGUCUCCUUCCACCCCCUGGAGUGGUACAUCCUGCUCAGUGGCUCGCAAGACGGAACCAUGAAAUUCUUUGAUCUGCGGAGUAAUCUCUGUGAAGCUACGUUUGGCGGCAAACAGAACGAGAGCGUGCGUGACAUCCAAUUCAGCCCGCACGACUCUUUCUACUUUGCCACCACAUCGGACACUGGAGGAAUACAGACCUGGGAUUUCCGCCGAUCAGAUAAGUACUUGCUGAACAAUGUGGCCCACAUUGGCCCUGCGUUUGCACUAGACUGGCACCCCGAAGACAGAAACGCCAUCGCGACGUGCGGACGAGACAAGUUGAUCAAGGUCUGGAAAUUAGACAACAGUGACAAUGGGAUGACAGUAGAGAACACCGUGUACUGCAUCGCGUCGGUAGCCCGCGUCAAGUGGCGACCGAACAAGAAGUACUACAUAGCGAGCUGCUCCCAAGUGGUGGACCAGACGAUAUGCGUUUGGGACGUCCGCAGGCCCUAUAUGCCCUUUGCUGUGUUUGAGGAGCAUAAAGACAUGGCUACGGGUGUGGUUUGGAAGGAUCCUCACGUCUUCAUGUCCGGAGGCAAGGAUGGUAUGCUUUACCAUCAUAUCUUCAAGGAUGCCAAACGCCCCGCAGAAAGCGGUAGCCCAGUGGGUGUAUCCAUGAGCCUCCACGGCAACAUCUGCCACGUUCUGAGCAAAUCCAGCCAGACCGAGAGCCAGCAGCAGGCCGCCAGCUACUCCAACACGCGCAAACCCAUGAGCUUCCGCCGCAGGGGACCGGCCGGCAUGCAGGACGUCUUCCAGCCCUACGAGAGCUCCAUGCUGGUUUACAAGAACCAGGAGAAGGACACGUUUUCAGACUUGUUCCUGGCCUGUGCUCAAAGAUUCCAGCUGACAGGCCGUCCGUUUCCUGAACUGUGCGAACACAACGCUAAGGUUUCCCGUGAGCUGGGACGGUAUCAGGUUGCCCAGACGUGGAACAUGCUGAAGCUGAUGUACAGUGACAAUCCUAUGGCAAAGCCAGCAAUUGCCCAGCCAGAAAGCCUCAAGCAGACUGAUGCUGAACGAGUCCCAGAGCUUUCAGUGACACCCCAGCCGAACGACAACACCGUGGAGUCUGCAGCCGGACAGACAGACGACGACUCGGCCCUGAGUGACAGCGAGCUGGACGGCGGCCACACGCCGGCGGCCCUCAAGGCCCGGGACCGGUCGCGGGACGGCAGCCACACGGCGGCCGACUUCUUCUUCGGCGAGCAGGUGCGGGUGGACGGGGAAGGCGAGGUGGACGAGAUCUACGACGAGGAGCUGAGCACGCUCAGCAUGGACGCCUGGACCCUGCCCAAUGAGGCAUUCUCGCAGCGACACGAGAUUGUGGACACGUACAGGCCCCCUUCACCGGACCAGUCUCAACAGUACAAGCCCAACACUGUAACCCCAGCCAUUGAACUGCUGGACACGGAGCCAGACUCUCUCGGCAACCAGCUCCUUGUCGCCCCGGCGAUCAUCCCGUCCGUCGCCAAGGAGCUGCCGUUCAACCAGCUGUCGGCCAAGUUCACCCCUAUUGUCGCUGACAUGUUGGCCUUUUACGCUAAUCAGGGAGACGUUCAGAUGGCCGUGUCAGCAUUGAUCGUUCUCGGCGACCGAAUCAGAGACAAGAUAAGUCUGGAUGACCAGGAACAAUGGUUCAUGUCCUACAUCGAUCUGCUGACCCGGUUUAAGUUGUGGUGCAUCGCCAGUGAGGUCACCAAACUCAGUAACCAUAGCAACGUCAGCUCCAUCAAUCAGCAAUCGACUACCGUGUACACCAAGUGCAACCACUGCAGCGGUCAGCUUGACCAGUACUCCUGGGCCUGCCAGCGUCCCAACUGCCGCAAGCUGACCAACACCUGCUCGGUUUGCCAUCUACCGGUGAAGGGUCUCUACGUCUGGUGCCAAGGUUGCUCCCAUGGAGGUCAUAUACAACACAUCCAAGAGUGGUUACAGGAAAACCCGAUGUGUCCGACAGGCUGCGGCCAUUACUGUGAAUACACGUGACGCGGCACUCAAGUACGGCUUACUGGAACUACCAGCAUGGACAAUGAAUAUUGCCAAUAUCAUGAAUAUGCACGAGAUGAUGAAUUCCAAACUUACAGUACCAGUGCUGUCAAACAAUCAAGGCUGCAGACUUGAGCUGAAGGUAACCGUGUCUAGUUUCCCGCACCAAAUGAAUGUGGUACAGGUGGAGUAAUGUCAGCCUGAUUGGUGCCUGACUAUUCUUAAUAUCGCUCAGUCUGGUACCUGUGGGCUCUAUCCUGUGUCAAAGAAUGCAUGCCACUUGCCUGAGAGGCACCAGACUAAGACCAUGUCCAAAACUGGCGGCUGUGUCCAAAUUUACUUGGCACAGCUUUAAAUUAGACUGAACCCAGUGAAAGGUGGCAGUGAGCGUCUUCAUGCAUGGAUUUUCCAUAGAUGCGUGUAUUAAUGCAAGCCGUUGCCAAGUAAUCUGGAUGUGGCUUGGCAUUGUUUUCUCUUGCUAUGCCUGCUUACUGUGUUGUGCAUCAGUGGCAAAAACCCAAAGCCAUAGCCUUAAAGCAGUAGAUUUGAUCCUAGCCCUAAGCCUCGUCUGGUCUGGUACCCAAUGGCCAGCCUUCAGUGCCGCAGGUCACUUGCAAGCGGUUGCCCAGUAGGUUGUUUUGGAAGUAUGACAUUUUCACCUCUUGCCUAGUCUUUGCAAAAACAAUCAGUGCUCAAAAAGCACUAGAGUUUCCAUGACCGAUACCGGUCUAAUUCAUGCAACCCUGGCCCCCCCCUCUGCAGUAUAGUAGUUUCAAGUGACAAAAAGCAGUCUUUCACUUUAGGUAUUGGAAACCUCGGGUGUUAGAACCAAGCUGCUUACCACUUUCCAGGUUUGCAACGUUGCUGUGUUGGCCAUGCCAUGACUUUUGGGCAUGAUCCCUGACUAUUGUGGUGUCUGGGUUUUAUGUCUUCUGAAUAAAGCCCCCUCCCCCCGGCACACACCCUCACAAAGCUACUGACAAAUGGAACUACGAACUACCGACAUAGGGCUGGAUACUUCAGUUGGCAGAGGGCUGGUACAGGGUUCUGAAGGUUUGAGGUUAAAAACGUCUUUGUCCGUCUUUGUAAACAACCCCCCCUCAACCCCCCCAAAGAAAUGGUAAUGCUGAAUAGAUUUGGUUUUCAAGAGGGGAUGUGAUCAGAAACCACUUUUGUUUUUUUGUCUGGCCUUUUCUGCACUCUAUGGAGCAAUUUCUAUAACUAUACGUCAUACAUAUUCACGAGGGAUUGCCCAAUUCUCAUUGGUGCAUUCACCGUCACGUGCCAGUCGCUAUUUUUGCUAUUUGCCAAGCGUACAUGCGAUCGUUCAUGCAAGGAGUAAAUACGCAUGCGUUUUUAACUGUCAAAGGCAUGCGCAGGAGCAGAAAAUCCAGGAACUGUCGCCCGGGUGUACUGUGCACUCGAGGUGGUACCAGCCUAGCAACGAUCUGCAUGCAUUCUUGUGUGUAAAAUAAACGUAAACUAAAAAAAGAUUAAUUAUUUGUGUUUCAACCUUAGGAACAAAAUAAAAGUUUGUGGAAACAAAUUUGAUGAGGUUUUGAUUUUCAGAGGUUAUUAAUUGAAAUAUGUGUGAGCCUA